AUGGACUACAACCAGCAGCAAGCUCAGCAUGUUCCUCCUCCUCACACACCGCCCCGGAAUCGCAUCCUUGGGCCGCCGUUCGAGCGAACGCCCAUUUCACCGGUUACCAGCAGAUCCACGCCGAACAACGGGCCUGUAUACGGGGUUCCGAGCCUGCAGUCCCUGCGGCAUCCAUACCGAGUUCAUGAUGCCUACGAUUUGAGCCAGCAAGUAGUGUCGCCCGUCAUGUCGAGGAGCGCGAGUGUUGCAAGCGAUCGCUUCUCGACAAUAUCUGCUCUGACCUCAACGUACUUUCCACCAAACCCGCAGCAUGUCAACCCACGACCGGCAUAUGUUGCGCCAUUUGGUGCGGCACAGGUUGUUGGUGAGCAUCGUGCGAGAGUCCCGGAAUAUCUGAGCGAUGAUGGCGAUUCCAACCCUACCAAGGAUGAUGUGGACUUCUCCGAUCCAGCGCUGGCACUUAUCAAUGCUUUCCUUGACCAAAUGCUGUUCAGCUUCCUAGCAACUGCUCGCUCGACGACGCUUACUGCGCUUAAGCCCGCCGUGACUGAAGUGUUAAAAUCCCGAUUGGCGCGCGACGCAAUCGCCAGUGCCGAAGAGGAGUUGCAUGAACUCCUCGCCGGCGGAGAUGAGGAAGAGGAAGUGAACACGAGUAAAAACUCCUCAGAGACCAACAGGAGAUGGGAUUUGGAGCUGGUGUGGAAGAGAACGAGGUUGAGAGUGAUGGUAUAUAUGCGCCUUGGUGAGAUGGAAGAUGAUGAUGAAGAGCGAUAUGUCAAGGAAGAGGAGCUGUUUCAGGGCAACGAGCGUCGAUUCUCCCAGACUUCAGGCUUGGUAUCUUGGGCCGCAGCGAUAUUCCUGACUGGCGUGCUAGAGUAUAUCGCCGAGCAGAGUCUUGAGAUUGCUGGUAACGCUGCCUUUGCGCGCGCUCGCCGCCAGGAUCGCAGCGCAAGAUCUCCAACAGCCUUCGGUGAUCGCACAGCAGUCAUUGUUGAGGACCAUGAUGUUGAGAAGAUUGCAUUGAGUUCCACGCUUGGAAGGUUAUGGCGGAAUUGGCGGAAGCUGCUACGAAGCAACGCCGCCUCGGUCGGGUUCGCCCAGCCUCGGACUAGCAGUCGUCUCAACGGUGACAUUCUAGAAAGACCCAGCAGCGCCGGUACUGACAGUGUGGAUGAACGAGCGUUGAGACUGGAGGACGUCCCGGAAAUGGAGUACCCGGAGCAUGUUCUGGCAUCCAACAUACCGUUACCUAUUGGUGAUCGCCGGAGAGACGUCGACGAGAUCGAGGUACCUGGUCUUGCUCACGAUCCAGACGCGCAGAACGUGGAAGAGGAGGAGCCCUCGGCCGUUCGCCGAAACAGCUUCACUGGUGCGCCAGCGUACAGAAGCGUAAACGGCGUUCUUACGCCCGACAGUGCUGGCGCUACUGAUCGUGAUGACCGGCCGUCACUGUCCCGUAAGCGCUCCGUAUCCGUGCCCACUCCGGCGCGGACUCCGCUGGUGCACGAAACCGAUCAGAUGCCGGGAGCGUUCCCUGAGACGCCAGGACCUGUACCGGAGCUGGAAAGUCCCACGCUAGCUGGUAGAGAUGAACAGACUUUGGCGCCUGCAGUACAGCAGACGACCGACGCGCCUGUCGAGAGUGCACCACCGACCCAGCCCCGUGCUUUGGACCCGGACGAUGACCAUGUCUUCGAGCAAAAGGCGAAUGCUGCAGAGAUGGCUUCUCUCAAGCGAUCACUGAUUUCUGAUCAGCAAAGAGACAAGCGACCACGGCACAGUUUGCUAGGGACAGCACUGACAGGAAGUGCUGCUGUCGCGGCUGCCGCUACCGUUGCAGCUUCGGUCGCCCACGAGCAGCCUAAGCAGCAGCGGAGCGAGCAGGUUGACAGAGCUGACUCCAAUGAACUGCUUACCACUGGUCCAACAAGGGAUGUGGAGGAACUCGACCGUCGGAAAAGCUUGAUGGACUUGAAGGCACUGUUAGCCGAUCAGACUUCCAAUGGAGCAGUCUCCAACAGUGCGCAGACUAUUGCAAGCCGAGAUGGAGAGGAGUCUGGUCAGAAGUCUCUGCCAACACGUAGAGAUUCCGAAGGUUCGAACGCGUCAUACACGCUCGGAGAUGGUGCGCCACAAGCAGCUCCGUCGCAACCCCCUGCUGAACCUAUGAACACGAGGCUUGGAUAUAUGCUUAAGUAUGGUUAUGCUGAUGAAAGCGGCAUUGGCAUGUCACAAACAUGGGACACCGGACCUUUCAGUGGGUCAAGUAGAGGUGCAGAAGAGUCGCAAGCAAGGGAUCUGUCAAAGAAGCCGACACGGCUCAUCUUGGGCGACUCGCCAUCUCAUAACGGAAUCGAGAGUUCCACUGUCCAGAGCACUGUGCCCGCAGAGGGACCGCAGGGCUUUCUGGAAAGCAGAUCACUUAACUCGAAGACGGAUCGUCCAGACUUCUCCAAACCGUUUCCGCAGGCAAGCAGUGACUUGCAACGUGCGGAGACAGCCAAAGCCGCUCACAAGCGUCGUAGCAUACCAGGAGUCGCCUUCACGAGCGCCGCUGCGCAACCAAUUGUGGAGGCCAACCCGCACAGGCAGUCGUGGGUAGCAGCGGUCCAGCAGCACCGAGAGCUUGAGAAUGGCACACCCGCAAACGAUCCCCUGCGCGAUGUACCUCCUAUGCCAACUGAAGCCAGUUUUGCAGACAGCGCUGCGGUUGCUCAGGAACAUCCUGCAGUUGCCAUCAUGAACAAUUUGAGGAACAUGAAUGGUGAGAAGCAGCAAGAGCCGCAGGAGGAACCCGAGCGAGCGUUGACCAGCGCAUCAAUUCGCGGACCAGAGGACUUCGAUCUGUAUGUGCAAGUCGCUGAGACGAUGAAAUAUACUCUCACUCCGGAAGCUGUUCGUGAUAAUCCAGCGCCAAGUGGAGCUCUCAAGCCGGCAUCUCCCGUCGAGCUGUCAAGCGUUCCUUCCAUUUCCAGACUGCAACCAGAUCGUCAAGAUGAAACCGGCGACGCUCGAAUGGGCCGCGAACGAACGUCAAAGCAAGCCACGUCCGCCGCCGUUGACGAUGAGGAGGAACGCGCUCGGAAGAGAGAGAACCGAAGGUCCAUUAGCCGACCCACGCCACGCAACGUCAGCGCUCACCGGCGAAGUGGGCUUAUGGCUCGUGAGCCGAGAGUGCUAACAGAGUCAACUCAGGACUUUGCAGAUUUCAUACGCUCCACCGGACCGGCAAAAGAACAGGAGGUGCUUCCCAUCAUCGAUCCCGCGACCAGGUCUACCACGUCUUUGCACUCUUUAAGGUCUUCGCAGAGCAAUGCCACCUCCAGAUCGCCUUCCACGGCGAGCCAAGAGCGUACCCGAAGCAUCACCAAAUCUGCUAUGGUGGCAGAAAACAUACCUCCCGUGCCCCCAGUACCUAGCAAGACUAAGAGUCGGACCAACCUGCAUCCUCGCUCAGCGACAGGUACUGGCAGCAACGCUGAGCUGAUUGACUUCAUCCGCGCUGGACCGACUGAAGAAGGCCAGCAGCGCAUCCCACGUGAGAUUGCGCCGUUCAGGAAUACCAUGGACUCAGACCAGAUGCGGCAAACGGGCGAUGCGAUCAAUGGCAUCACGGGCGACCCCAACGCUACCAUGAGCGGCAACACACGACCGACCUCUGGCUCGUCUACUCAGCGCCGCCCUGCAAGCCAGCGGACUGCGCAGAGCAGCAACAACGCUGCUGCGACGGUGCACCCAGCGCACAGCGGCCAGCCACAGCGCCUGUCGGCAAUAAAGCCUGCAGCGCCAGAAGCUGCGGCACCAGUUGGCGCAAUCAGCGCAAUGCCAGGUGCAAUGCCGCAAGGCAUGCCGCCACGGCGACGCCACCGCAAUAAAGAUCCGUACGCUAUCGAUCUAGACGACGAUGACAAUGACCUCCUAACAGCAUUACCAAUGGGUAAGCGGCAAGAAGAGACGCUCUCGGACUUCUUGAAGAACGCGGAGCCGCCCGAGACUAACGCACCGCGGCCGCUCGUGAAUGGUAACGGUGUGGACAUGCGCAGUCUGACGAACAAGCCGCGGUCGAACAGUGUGCACAGUCAGAAGUCAGCCCACAGUGCGGCCGGCGCUAGAGCCAAGUCAAUGCAGAGCCAGCAAGGACCCCGUCCAGGGGCACCAUCAAAUGCUGCUUCCGCAUCACAAACACGCCUGAAUAGUCCUCUUGCGGGUAGCGCUGGAUCAUCCAAGCCACGAAUGGAGGCACGAGAACCAGGCAUCAGUGGCAAGACUGGCGGCAAACGGAACUCCAGCAUGCCCCCACCCAAGGAGUCAAGCACCAAGGAACUUGCGGACUUCUUAAAGAACUCCGGUCCAGAGCAGAGUGCACCUGCACCUAUUGUGGGUCGGCAGUCCAAGCUGACGCCCAAGGAAGCGGCGAAGGCGCAGAAGAAGGUGGAGAAGGAGAGUAAGGGAGCCAAGCGUGGGUUCUUUGGGAAGAGUAUUAGAAAGACGUGGUUGGAUAUGCCAUGA